UUCAUGAAGCAACAGCCCCUUUUGCUCAUCGUCCAGCCGUGCUCGCCGGCAGAGCAGAAGCUGGUGGGAUUCCGCCUGCUCCACACCGGGAGAUGCCACUUGGCUUCUCAGUAUCGAAGGCCCUUCUUGGACCCAGUACACCUUCAUGGCCCCGUGGGCUGUGGGUCCCUGGGUUGGGCAUGACUGCCUUGGAGGGUGAUGAGAGAGCUCCUCCAGGAUCCAUGCAGGUCUGGCGUGCCACUGGGUGCUAGGUGCUGGACUCCGGUCGGCCUGCUUGCUCUGCUUUUCUUGGAGGGUCGAAGGAGCCCUGCUCAGAGACCACCAGCCUCGCCACUCCUGCUAUUUGCCAACCGCCGGGACGUACGGCUGGUGGACGCUGGUGGAGUCAAGCUGGAGUCCACCAUUGUGGUCAGCGGCCUGGAGGAUGCGGCCGCAGUGGACUUCCAGUUCUCCAAGGGAGCCGUGUACUGGACAGAUGUGAGCGAGGAGGCCAUCAAGCAGACCUACCUGAACCAGACGGGGGCCGCCGUGCAGAAUGUGGUCAUCUCCGGCCUGGUCUCGCCUGACGGCCUUGCCUGCGACUGGGUGGGCAAGAAGCUGUACUGGACGGACUCAGAGACCAACCGCAUCGAGGUGGCCAACCUCAAUGGCACAUCCCGGAAGGUCCUCUUCUGGCAGGACCUUGACCAGCCAAGGGCCAUCGCCUUGGAUCCUGCUCACGGGUACAUGUACUGGACAGAUUGGGGCGAGACGCCCCGGAUCGAGCGGGCGGGGAUGGACGGCAGCACCCGGAAGAUCAUUGUGGACUCGGACAUUUACUGGCCCAAUGGACUGACCAUUGACCUAGAGGAGCAGAAGCUCUACUGGGCCGAUGCCAAGCUCAGCUUCAUCCACCGUGCCAAUCUAGAUGGCUCGUUCCGGCAGAAGGUGGUGGAGGGCAGCCUGACACACCCCUUCGCCCUGACGCUCUCCGGGGACACUCUGUACUGGACGGACUGGCAGACCCGCUCCAUCCAUGCCUGCAACAAGCGCACUGGGGGGAAGAGGAAGGAGAUCCUGAGCGCCCUCUACUCACCCAUGGACAUUCAGGUGCUGAGCCAGGAGCGGCAGCCUUUCUUCCACACUCGCUGUGAGGAGGACAAUGGCGGCUGCUCCCACCUGUGCCUGCUGUCCCCAAGGGAGCCUUUCUACACAUGCGCCUGUCCCACGGGUGUGCAGCUGCAGGACAACGGCAGGACGUGUAAGGCAGGAGCCGAGGAGGUGCUGCUGCUGGCCCGGCGGACAGACCUACGGAGGAUCUCGCUGGACACGCCGGACUUCACCGACAUUGUGCUGCAGGUGGAUGACAUCCGGCAUGCCAUUGCCAUCGACUACGACCCACUGGAGGGCUAUGUCUACUGGACGGAUGACGAGGUGCGGGCCAUCCGCAGGGCGUACCUGGAUGGGUCUGGGGCGCAGACGCUGGUCAACACCGAGAUCAAUGACCCCGAUGGCAUCGCAGUUGACUGGGUGGCCCGAAACCUCUACUGGACCGACACGGGCACGGACCGCAUCGAGGUGACGCGCCUGAACGGCACCUCCCGCAAGAUCCUGGUGUCAGAGGACCUGGACGAGCCCCGAGCCAUCGCACUGCACCCCGUGAUGGGCCUCAUGUACUGGACAGACUGGGGAGAGAACCCUAAAAUCGAGUGUGCCAAUCUGGACGGGCAGGAGCGGCGUGUGCUGGUCAAUGCCUCCCUCGGGUGGCCCAACGGCCUGGCCCUGGACCUGCAGGAGGGGAAGCUCUACUGGGGAGACGCCAAGACAGACAAGAUCGAGGUGAUCAAUGUUGACGGGACGAAGAGGCGGACCCUCCUGGAGGACAAGCUCCCGCACAUUUUCGGGUUCACACUGCUGGGGGACUUUAUCUACUGGACUGACUGGCAGCGCCGCAGCAUUGAGCGGGUGCACAAGGUCAAGGCCAGCCGGGACGUCAUCAUUGACCAGCUGCCCGACCUGAUGGGGCUCAAAGCCGUGAAUGUGGCCAAGGUCGUCGGAACCAACCCGUGUGCGGACAGGAACGGGGGGUGCAGCCACCUGUGCUUCUUCACGCCCCACGCAACCCGGUGUGGCUGCCCCAUCGGCCUGGAGCUACUGAGUGACAUGAAGACCUGCAUCGUGCCCGAGGCCUUCUUGGUCUUCACUAGCAGAGCCGCCAUCCACAGGAUCUCCCUCGAGACCAACAACAACGACGUGGCCAUCCCACUCACGGGCGUCAAGGAGGCCUCAGCCCUGGACUUCGACGUGUCCAACAACCACAUCUACUGGACAGACGUCAGCCUGAAGACCAUCAGCCGCGCCUUCAUGAAUGGGAGUUCGGUGGAGCACGUGGUGGAGUUUGGCCUUGACUACCCCGAGGGCAUGGCCGUUGACUGGAUGGGCAAGAACCUCUACUGGGCCGACACCGGGACCAACAGGAUCGAAGUGGCGAGGCUGGACGGGCAGUUCCGGCAAGUCCUCGUGUGGAGGGACUUGGACAACCCGAGGUCGCUGGCCCUGGAUCCCACCAAAGGCUACAUCUACUGGACCGAGUGGGGCGGCAAGCCGAGGAUCGUGCGGGCCUUCAUGGACGGGACCAACUGCAUGACGCUGGUGGACAAGGUGGGCCGGGCCAACGACCUCACCAUUGACUACGCUGACCAGCGCCUCUACUGGACCGACCUGGACACCAACAUGAUUGAGUCGUCCAACAUGCUGGGUCAGGAGCGGGUUGUGAUUGCCGACGACCUCCCACACCCGUUCGGUCUGACGCAGUACAGCGAUUAUAUCUACUGGACGGACUGGAAUCUGCACAGCAUCGAGCGGGCCGACAAGACCAGCGGCCAGAACCGCACCCUCAUCCAGGGCCACCUGGACUUCGUGAUGGACAUCCUAGUGUUCCACUCCUCCCGCCAGGAUGGCCUCAACGACUGCAUGCACAACAACGGGCAGUGCGGGCAGCUGUGCCUUGCCAUCCCCGGCGGCCACCGCUGCGGCUGUGCCUCACACCACACCCUGGACCCCAGCAGCCGCAACUGCAGCCCGCCCACCACCUUCUUGCUGUUCAGCCAGAAAUCUGCCAUCAGUCGGAUGAUCCCAGAUGACCAGCACAGCCCGGAUCUCAUCCUGCCCCUGCAUGGGCUGAGGAACGUCAAAGCCAUCGACUAUGACCCACUGGACAAGUUCAUCUACUGGGUGGACGGCCGCCAGAACAUCAAGCGAGCCAAGGACGAUGGGACCCAGCCCUUUGUUUUGACCUCUCUGAGCCAAGGCCAAAACCCAGACAGGCAGCCCCACGACCUCAGCAUCGACAUCUACAGCCGGACGCUGUUCUGGACGUGCGAGGCCACCAAUACCAUCAACGUCCACAGGCUGAGCGGGGAAGCCAUGGGGGUGGUGCUGCGUGGGGACCGCGACAAGCCCAGGGCCAUCGUCGUCAAUGCGGAGCGAGGGUACCUGUACUUCACCAACAUGCAGGACCGGGCAGCCAAGAUCGAACGCGCGGCCCUGGACGGCACUGAGCGCGAGGUCCUCUUCACCACCGGCCUCAUCCGCCCCGUGGCCCUGGUGGUGGACAACAUACUGGGCAAGCUGUUCUGGGUGGACGCAGACCUGAAGCGCAUUGAGAGCUGCGACCUGUCAGGGGCCAACCGCCUGACCCUGGAGGACGCCAACAUCGUGCAGCCUCUGGGCCUGACCGUCCUUGGCAAGCACCUCUACUGGAUCGACCGCCAACAGCAGAUGAUCGAGCGUGUGGAGAAGACCACCGGGGACAAGCGGACUCGUGUCCAGGGCCGCGUCGCCCACCUCACUGGCAUCCACGCAGUGGAGGAAGUCAGCCAGGAGGAGUUCUCAGCCCACCCAUGUGCCCGUGACAAUGGUGGCUGCUCCCACAUCUGUAUUGCCAAGGGUGAUGGGACACCACGGUGCUCAUGCCCGGUCCACCUCGUGCUCCUGCAGAACCUGCUGACCUGUGGAGAGCCGCCCACCUGCUCCCCAGACCAGUUUGCAUGUGCCACGGGGGAGAUCGACUGUAUCCCCGGGGCCUGGCGCUGUGACGGCUUUCCCGAGUGCGACGACCAGAGCGACGAGGAGGGCUGCCCCGUGUGCUCUGCCGCCCAGUUCCCCUGCGCGCGGGGCCAGUGUGUGGACCUGCGCCUGCGCUGCGAUGGCGAGGCCGACUGUCAGGACCGCUCAGACGAGGCGGACUGUGACGCCAUCUGCCUGCCCAACCAGUUUCGGUGUGCCAGCGGCCAGUGUGUCCUCAUCAAGCAGCAGUGCGACUCCUUCCCUGACUGCAUUGACGGUUCCGAUGAGCUCAUGUGUGAAAUCACCAAGCCGCCCUCAGACGACAGCCCGGCCCACAGCAGUGCCAUCGGGCCCGUCAUUGGCAUCAUCCUCUCCCUCUUCGUCAUGGGUGGUGUCUAUUUUGUGUGCCAGCGCGUGGUGUGCCAGCGCUACGCGGGGGCCAACGGGCCCUUCCCGCACGAGUAUGUCAGCGGGACCCCACACGUGCCCCUCAAUUUCAUAGCCCCAGGCGGUUCCCAGCAUGGCCCCUUCACAGGCAUCGCGUGUGGAAAGUCCAUGAUGAGCUCCGUGAGCCUGAUGGGGGGCCGGGGCGGGGUGCCCCUCUACGACCGCAACCACGUCACAGGGGCGUCGUCCAGCAGCUCGUCCAGCACGAAGGCCACGCUGUACCCGCCGAUCCUGAACCCGCCGCCCUCCCCGGCCACGGACCCCUCCCUGUACAACAUGGACAUGUUCUACUCUUCAAACAUUCCGGCCACCGCGAGACCGUACAGGCCCUACAUCAUUCGAGGAAUGGCGCCCCCCACGACACCCUGCAGCACCGACGUGUGUGACAGUGACUACAGCACCAGCCGCUGGAAGGCCAGCAAGUACUACCUGGAUUUGAACUCGGACUCAGACCCCUACCCGCCCCCACCCACGCCCCACAGCCAGUACAUGUCGGCAGAGGACAGCUGCCCGCCCUCGCCCGCCACCGAGAGGAGCUACUUCCACCUCUUCCCACCCCCUCCGUCCCCCUGCACGGACUCAUCCUGACCUCGGCCGGGCCACUCCGGCUUCUCUGUGCCUCUGUAAAUAGUUUUAAAUAUGAACAAAGAAAAAAAUAUAUUUUAUGAUUUAAAAAAUAAAUAUAAUUGGGAUUUUAAAAACAUGAGGAAUGUGAACAGUGAUGGGGUGGGCAGGGCUGGGAGAACUUUGUACAGUGGAGAAAUAUUUAUAAACUUAAUUUUGUGAAACA